CAAAUGCUAUGCACGUCUAAAGUUUGCACGCUUCCUAUAAAUUCCCCCUUGAGAACUUCAACGAUCACAUAGUUUUGCACAUAACUCAGCUAAACUCUCCAGCACCACUUCUUCUGUCUUCACUAUACUUACAAUGGCAUCUAAGGGUGGACGCGAUGAUGGUAUUAAGGUUUUCAAAAUUUCUUCAACAAGUAGUCUGAAAAUACAAAGAGGUGAUAUCACAAUGUGGUCUGUUAAUGGUACUUCGGAUGCCAUUGUAAAUACAGCUAAUGAAAAGAUGCUUGGAGGUGGGGGUCUUGAUGGAGUGAUACAUGGAGCUGCAGGACCUGAACUACGAGAAGCUUGUUAUACUGUUCCAGAGGUUAGUCUUGGAAUUCGCUGCCCAAAAGGAGAAGCUAGAAUUACUCCAGCAUUUCAGUUGCCCGUUUCGCAUGUUAUUCACACUGUUGGUCCUUUUUAUGAUAAUGAAAAUCACCCAGUAGUUGCUCUAAGAAAUGCAUACAGAAACUGCAUCAAGCUUGCAAAAGAGAGCAGCAUAGAUUAUAUUGCUUUUCCUGCCAUAUCUUGUGGUACUUACCGUUAUCCAUUAGAAGAAGCUGCUACAAUUGCAAUUUCUACUGUAAUGGAAUCAGAUGGUGACUUCAAAGAGGUGCACUUUGUUCUGCUUGAAGAUGACGUUUUCAAUGCUUGGUUGGAGAAGGCGAACGGAUUGCUUUAGGUGCUGCCCACACCCAACAAUGGAUUUUAAACAGAGUGAUGAUAUUUAUGCAAAUGUGUGAUUACUUAUGGGGUGAAAUAUGAAAUUGUGAUGGUUUGAGCUGUGGAAAGGAGAAAAACAUGAUUUGUGUGUUCUUGUAAAUCAAAUAAGAGAAAAACGAAAUUUCAUUUUGUCCAAAAAGACGGAGUAAACA